AUGGCGACUGUGAGAAAGGUGUUGCUGCUUCUCAUGUUCCUCGUCUUACUGAUGAUCAUGUCCUGCGUUUACAAUGUUAUUAUGAUCCAGAAGAUCCACGACUAUCUCUUUGAACUCACUCUCAUGGGUUUCUUGGCAUUCCUAGUUCUCUUGAUAGACAAAGUACACAACUAUAAAAAAGAACUUAGUAGUCAAAGAAAGGUGAACACAAGAAAACAGCCAGAGGUUGAAACGACGUUGUAUGAAACGACUACAUUGCGCAGAAGGCUCAGACAAGUAGAAUCUCAACUUGAGAAGGAGUUGAAAGAAAAGACUGUAGCGACCACAAGACUCAGAACCCUAGUCUCUAGACAUGAGAAAGAGACCAAAGAGAGGACUGAGAGGAUUCUAUUGGACACAAGGCUCAAACAACUUGAAUCUGAACUUGAGACGAAGAAAAAAGACGUUCGUGCUGCAGAAGCCAAUAGUAUUGCUCUAAGGAAACAAUGUGACGGGCUUCUUUAUGAGUAUAAUCGUUUGCUUGAGGAGAAUGAAUUUGUUAAAAACCAAUUGCGGGUAUGUGAUUGGAGGUUGUCUCAUUCAGGUGUACUCAUACUCCUCGUAAGAGUCAUUCAUGCUGCAGAAGCCAAGUCCCUUUCUGAAAAUAAUGGUCUUCUUGACGAAAAUCAAAUCUUAAAGAACCGGUUGCAGUCAUUGGACACAGGACUCGACAAGCUAGAAUCUGAUCUCGAGACAAAGACAGAAGACGUAAUUUCUGCAGAAGUCAACUCUAUUGUUCUAAUCAAACACUCUGAAGAGUUCCAUCUUGAGUAUGAUCUCUUGGUCAAGCAAAACCAAAUUUUAAAGAACCAAUUGCGGUCGUUGAGCACAAGAGUUGAACAGGUAGAAUGUGAACUUGAGAUCAAGAAGAAAACGGUUAAUGAUGUAGAAGCCAAGAAUGUUUCUCUAAGAAAGCAACUUCAUGAGUUCCUCCUAGAGCACCAUUGUAUGCUUGAGACCAAGAAAAAAGAGGUUACUGCUGCAGAUGCCCAGAAUAAAGAUACAAAGAAGCAAUUUGAUGAGCUCUUCCUUGAGCACCUUAGCUUACUUGAGAAGAACGAUACUUUAAACAACCAGUUGCAGUCAUCAGGGAGCAAAAUCGUACGGCUAGAAUAUGAAGUUUUGGCUAAGACAAGAGACUUGGAAGCUGCUGAAGCCAAUGAUAUUACUUUAGGGAAGGAUAAGAAAACUUUGGAGGAGCGGUUGCAGGCAUGGGGCACAAAACUGAGACACAUAGAAAUCAUAGAAUCUGAACUUAACACAAGGAAAAGAAGUAUCAGUGCAUAUGAAGCCAAAAUUACUGAUCUAAAAAACCAAGUUGAAGAGCUCUCUCUUCAACACGAUUGUUUGCUUGGGAACAACCAAACUUUAAGGAACCAGCUGCAGUUGUCACACACAAGACUUAGACAAACAGAAUCAAAACUUGGGACCAAGACACAAGAAGUUUGUGUUGUAAAAUCCAAUAUUGUUGCUCUAAAUAAGGAAAAUGAUGAUUUGAAGAACCAGUUGCGGUCAUUGGAGACAACUUAA